UUCUGAAGGCAGAAAGAAGGAGAAGAAGAAGUAGUCAGGCAUGUGCAUAUAUCAAGCGCCCAAAGUUUAACAUGUAGACUUUCGGUCACAUGAUGCGCAAGCAGAAACCAGCUGCGAGGUGCCGCUGCCUCUUCCCAAGGAACCGAAACACGAACGAAGCAUUUUGUAAGCAGGGAGGUCUUUUUUGUUUGUGUUUGUUUUUGUAAGAGAAAGGAAAAAAAACUGAAAGCUAAAGUUUACACAUGCUGAAGUUAAAGCCAAAGUUUGACCUGCACAGAGAUGUGGUGUCCGAUGUCCUCAGGAAGGAGGCGUCCGUCUGCAGGGUGGAAGAAUACUCUGGAGCAGUCGACACUCGUAUCCUGAACAUUGAGAGAGAUGGGAGCAUCCUCUUCUGCUGGAAGGGUGCAACAGGGACCACAAGGAUUGGAAAAUAUGACCCCAACAAUAAACAGAAUAAGCUCCUGUACACGUUUGACAAGCAGGUGUGUGUCAGCAGCUGUUCCUUGAACAAGGAGGAGACACUGUUAGCUGUCAGCUUGGCACAAAACACCAGCGGAGAGGAGCGCCUCAAACCAAUAUCCAAGUGUCUAACUCUCCUGAUUGAGAUCCAACCCAUCAACAACACUAAAGUCCUCAAGGCGGUUGACUGCAGGGUCAAAGUGCAGUUCCUCCAGUCAGAAGCUGACAAGAGAUCAAUACUGGAGAGCCACCUGCUGCUGCUGACUGAGGACGGAUAUGUGGAUCUCUACCAUGUCCUGCUGACGAGACAGGAAGGUUACAGAGUGGUGAUGGCGCAUCCCGACCGAUUGUCCAAAACAGCUGAGAGAGUAGUGGAGGACUUCUGCUGGGUCCAGUGGGAUGGACGCACACAAAGACUUUACUAUCUCACUCACAGUGUGACACACACACAGGGCAAAUUGCUGUUCAGAUGUGUUCAGUUUUACAUCAACCAUAACUGCGAGACCGUGCUGGAACUCCCAUUAGAGUUGCCUGCUAAUCCUUUCCCCACUGUCAAGUUUGUAAAUCUGGGUUUUGACCAUUUUUGCAUGGAGAGACCAGAAAAGGAGCUUGUUAGGAUGGAAGUGCUCACAAACGGAAUAGGAAGCAUGUGUGUAUGCUACAGCCAACCCCUUAAAGACAGACUGGAACUGAUUUACACUCUGGUUUUAGUUCACAAAGACUGCAGCAAGACAUUCAGAGUAUCUCUGGGCAGCGACCAGCCGCCGCAGAAAGCCAGACAGCUUCAUCCGCUCUUCAUCCCCAUAGGUUACUACAUCCUGGUGUAUCUGCAGGAUUAUUUCCUCCAUUGUAUCAACACCAGGCAGCAGGAGAUGCUCUGUCACUCCCUCUAUCUCUCAGGCCCUGACAUGGACUUGGACCUGCAGUCAGCUAAUGUGACAGUGUUGCAUGCAGAGGAAGAGUCAAGCAGUAGUCUGUUGGACCUGACCACUGGGAGAAUCCACACUGCUGAACUUAGCCCUGCUUACCUGCUGCAGCUGCUGCGAUCAGACACUCCCUCUAGGUGUCCCAGCAGCAAGACUGACCCUCAGCGCCUGGCCGCCCUCCACUGCCUGCUGGUUUACAUGGGAAAUGACCCAAAUCUGGAGCUGAAGAUUAUUGAAUGGCUGUGUGACAACGUGAACGCCUUUGAAUCCUUUGAUCAGUUCCAGGAGUUUAUUCUAGCCUCUUUGUACAGAAUAAGCUAUGAGAAGUCUCUCAGCCUGGAUAAAGUCCUGCCUUACUCCUCUGUAUUCGACAAGAAGGAGAUACCAGUGUGUCUGUUGGAGAUCCCUGGUGUGUUUUGCACCACUGAGCUGCAUAUUGAAGCUGUGUUUAAGGGAAAGGCUAGAGGUCUCCAGGGUUUCUGGUCGGAGCUGCAGUGGAACACAGAGAGGACAAAAUAUCUGGAUGCUGUUCCCAACCCAAGAUACAGGACCUCACACAUACAAGCUGACUGGGAUAAACUGAGGUCCGAGAGGAGACCAUCCAGCCACAUGAAUCACAUGGAGGAUAACACAAAGAAAGUUCUAUCAAUGGUGGACACCUGGUGUCUUGAUAAGAAGCUGGUGCCACUUUUCCAGGAGGACGACCAUCAACAGAGGGCGCUCAUAGGCCUGACAGUUGACAAGCUGCGAGAGCAUCUCAACAGACACCUGCCUCGACUGGGGAAGAAGAAGAUAGACUCACUGGUUGUCAACUAUGUGGCCAAACUGCUGGAGCUCAUCAGACACAUGCUGGAGUCAGUCUGGCUGAAGUAUAAACUCGGCCCGUGUGUUUUGUGCUUUUCCAGCACACAGCGGGGCAGUCCAGGCGAGUGGUCCGUGUUUCACUUCAUGUUUCGCAUCCUGGAAGCCAUGAGGGGUCUCUGCCUGCCCCUCCCACCUGGCUAUCACACACUGUUGGCAUUGCUUGCCGUUCGUUGCCUCCCUCAUCACACCUUCCUACAGUACAUUGACCACGGUGUCCUGCAGCUCACUGAAACCUUUGUGUCUCGGCUCAUGACAGACCUGGACAACAGUGAUGCCAACGAGAGACUGAAGUUCAGCAUACUUAAGAGACUCCCGGAGCCUAUGGAGCAGAGGAUCUACCAUAUGUGGGACCAUCCUGUCAGCUCAGCCUCAAUCUCCAGAGAUUAUGUCAGGACUCUGCUGGAGAAACAGAACAAAAACAAGGGAUUUGCAUUCACCGGCAGAGACAAGCCAGGCUUCAGACCCGAGUUUCUGCCUCUUACCUACCUGGCAAAAAUACUCUCUGAUAUAGAGGAACAAGCUCUGAACCCUUUCGAGGAGCAGGAGAACGUGGACGCCAGGUUCGUGGAGGAGACGGCUCUGAAACAGACACUAAUACUGCUGGGCUUUGAGGAGAAAUGAAGGAUGGGGAUGGGGGGAGGAAGGAGCUGGAGAGGGACAGGGGGACGGAUGGAUGGGGGGGUGAGAUGAGGGGGAAAAUGUGUUUGAGAGAAGAGCCAUCAUUGACUGGGCCUUGAGGACAAGUAACGGCUGGGUGGGUGAUGGAGGGUGAGACGUGAAAGAUGAAUGAAGAGAUUGAAAGGCAGAGCUCUCAUAAACAACAAUUUCAUGACAAAUUAGGGUGGGGACGGAGGGAUAGAUGGGUGGAGACGCCCAGGAAGGGAAAGAUGAAGUAGGAGGCUGGCUGGAUGGAAAAAGAGAGAUGCGGUGCAAGAAAGAGAGAGAAAAAUGUAAUGUAGCACCGUUUUUUUUAACACAGUUCAGCGACGGACGAACAGAAUAAAAAAAUCAAACACAAUAUGGAACGCGGUUAGAUUCUUUAAUUCAAUUUGGAGGAACAUACUUUUCGGAUUUUGAGUGAAAAUCAAUAACGGCGGGCAGCUAUUUAUACCAACUCGUAUUUCUUUGACAAUUCUCUCCACAACAUCUCCACUUUCUCCCAAACAAUUUAUGAACGGCGAUGUCAAAUAUGCCGAACGGUAUUUAUAAAUCAAACGCGCUUGUUUAUCCUCCUGUGCUUCCUGUAACGCCCACCGCACCCCAUCAACGUGAUUACAUGCUGACAAAAAGCUCCGACGGACGGAGCCGCUCGGUGCUGCCGGUCAGCGGCUGCUCUGCAUUAAAUCUGAUUUUAACAAUGACUUAUACGGAAUCUAUGCAGCUGGUUGGCUCAGCGAGACUGAGUGGCACUUACAAAGACCGGGUAUUAAGACGCUGUAAACUGAAUGGACAAAUGAUCUCUUACCUCUUCAUAGGAAGUACACUAAUUACAUAUUAAGUUCUCAAAGAAAAGAAGAGGGGCUAAGAGGAUAAUCGAUUUGAGACAGCAGAGAUGCGGAUUCAUUAGCCAGAUUGUCUCCAACCUGAUAUCAGGUUUGUUGCUUGAACCUUGUUUUAUUUUCAGAAAGGGCUGGCUUUCAUUUCAGAUGCUUUGACUCUAGCUCUUUUCAAAUCAAGCCAACUUGAAUAGUCUUUAACAAGCUAAAUUUCGAUUGAAGGCAACUUUUUCUUGAUAAGAAACGAGGAACUCCCAUUCUAUAAAAGAAGACAUUUCUUCUUACAGUAUGAUAUCUUGUGUUUAGAAAAAUAAAUACACAUUCCUGCAAAUUUCACAGCUGAAGUUCUGAAAUGAUGAGCAGUUGUCUAUAGAUGAGCGAUCAUUCAAGAACUUUGGCUAACAAAUACUCCAAAACUGGCUUAAUUUUUGGGGGAGGGACUACUUAACUUUUAAAAAGAAGAAACAUAUUCGUUGGUCAGAGUGAUACCAUGUGUCCAACAAAUGUACCUGCCAAGUCUUUAAAUGAUUGGAUCCAUUUAACCUUUGCCAAAUAAUAUAGUCUGAAAGUAGCCAAAUCUUGAUUCAGAGUGAGUGAGUGAAACUUGAGAUACUAAACUACUAACGGCUAAUGUUAGCUACUGGUAGCAAACGUGUUACUGUCGUCUGUAAGAGCAGAUAAAGUUACACUGUCUCACUCUAAACCAGAAAGAUCAGAGAAUCGGGGAACAGGAAUAUAAAUUUGACAAGAUAUUGCUACAUUUGGUUCUAAGAAAGUAUUGAUACCCGGCCUUACACAUGAGGGAAGAUGGUAUUUACAUGGCUAUAAAAUCCAAUGAGACAGCAGAGAAGUAAUGAGGACAACACUUAGAUGUGACUCAGUCUUCCUACACACGGACACACACCUAGCAUCUGGUUCGAAUAUAUCCUCCUCGUGUGCCGUCAAUCUUGAGCGAGCUCUUACUGUAAGCAGAGAAAUUCUUUGGUAGCGGAGGUGUGUGGGAGUGUGGCAUGUGUUCACCAUCCAAGUGUAUAAAUGUUGGCGCCCUCUGAGACUUAAUAGGGGAAAUUAUUUACAUAUCAUGUCACGCCACAAUUUGAGAUAUUACAAAACAUUCCUCGGAACAAAAAGGGAUUAUUUAACCACUCAUUACAAACGUUCUGUGUAAUAUAUUGUGAAUAAAUCCUUCUUGACUGUAUUCUUCUCCUUCACCGUCUCGUUUUUAAGAGCGUGGCGUACAGAGAAAGCUGUGUGGCAACCUGGCACACGCCGUUUCCGAUGACUUUCCUUUGAACCCUGAACAAUCGCGAGCCAGUUGCGCCGUGGAUGCCCUCGGGGUAAUUUGGGAAAUGAUCUCACUCGCAGUCCAAUAGCAAUAGAAAGGAAGCGGGCGCUCAGAUUUUCUUGACAAUGACUGAGUGUUUUGGACAGACUCAGUGAGGGUUCCACGGAAAUAAACCCGGGGUCAGUCAUCGUACUUCGCUGAGUCACGUUCACCAAGAACAUCAUGCUUUUUAUGCGAGUUUGCCAAAUUGCGCAAUUUCCUUUUAACCAUGUGCUGUAACACCUUGGUACGGCCGUCUUGAUUUAUUCCUCUUCUGGGUAAAUGUCUCCAUAAAAAUGUAAAUAAAUGGCUCGCCCCCUCCA